UCUAGGGGGAAGGCAGCUGGAUUCACUUCAUGAACCGGGAUCCUUCCGCAGCAGCUUGAUGGGAGCUGCGCGCGUAUAAAGUCCUCAAGCUUUCUUGUGAGGGGGGUGGUUGAUCGUCGGGAAAGGAGGAUUGUACCAAAAAGUGCGACUAGAGGAGCAGCUUAUUCAUGCAAAUUCAUGAAAUCAUAGGCGUGCCUUUGGACGAUGGAGUCACGGCCGGAAAAACAAACCCCCUCCUGGACGCUCAGUGAGCUUCACAGACUGUGAUGCGCUGAGCUCGGACGCACUGACGGCGGCACCGGGGCGACUACUAGAAGAGCUCAGAGACGCACAGGAGAAAGUAAGGGCUCGUCUGUCUUUCCUCCUCCUGCUGACUGGCUGCACCUCGUCCUCCUCUCCCAGAACCACCAGCACCACGGACCGCUGCGCCACUGGACCUCCACCCGCAGCCAGCGCCUUGUGCCAACCGUUACGCACGGCCACAACUAUCCCUAUCCGCCCUGGCUCUUUAAUUAUUUUUUGUUUCUUAUUUUAUUUUUUUUAUUUGUACUUUUGUUUAUUUUAUGUGUCACAGUCGUUUCAAUUCCCGGGAACACCGAUGCGGAUGAACUUACAGCCGAGCUACGCCAGAGUCUGCGCGUAAAGACGCCACCGCCGAUUCGUUCCCGUUUUGACGAAAAGGUUUUUAUUCUUAUUUUUAUUUGGACUUUUCUCGCCGCGCCAUGUCCGAGGACGACAGCAGCUCCACGGUGAGCUGCAGGUCCGACCCCGAGGGGAGCAGCGUCAGCGUGCUGAGCUGGGAGCAAGUGCGGCGGCUGGACUCCAUCCUGACGGAGACCAUCCCGAUCCACGGCCGCGGGAACUUCCCGACCCUGGCGAUGCAGCCGCGGCAGAUCGUGAAGGUGGUACGCAGGCGGAUGGAGGAGAAGCACAUCCACGUGCGGGACGUGAGGCUGAACGGGUCCGCGGCCAGUCACGUGCUGCACGAGGACAGCGGACUGGGCUACAAGGACCUGGACCUCAUCUUCUGCGCAGACAUGAAAGGAGAAAGCGACUUCCAGACCGUGAAGGACAUAGUGCUGGACUGUCUCCUGGACUUUCUGCCAGACUGUGUGAAUAAAGAGAAAAUAUCGCCGUUAACGUUAAAGGAAGCCUAUGUGCAGAAGAUGGUGAAGGUGUGUAACGACUCAGACCGUUGGAGUCUCAUCUCGCUCUCCAACAACCGGGGGAAGAAUGUGGAGCUGAAGUUUGUGGACUCUCUCCGGCGGCAGUUUGAGUUCAGUGUGGACUCAUUUCAGAUCAAGCUGGACUCCCUGCUGCUGUUCUACGAGUGCUCAGAAAACCCCAUGGCUGAGACCUUCCACCCCACCAUCAUGGGAGAGAGCGUAUAUGGGGACUUUGUCGAGGCCCUGGACCACCUACGUCACAAGGUCAUCUGCACCCGCAACCCGGAGGAGAUCCGAGGCGGGGGUCUGCUGAAGUACUGUCACCUGCUGGUGAGGGACUUUAUAGCUGACUCCGAGUCAGAGAUGAAAUCCCUGCAGCGCUACAUGUGCUCACGGUUCUUCAUUGACUUCCCUGACAUUGGUGAACAGCAGCGAAAGCUGGAGUCAUACCUUCAGAACCACUUUGUGGGCCUGGAGGACCGCAAGUACGACUACCUGAUGACCCUGCACGGAGUGGUCAACGAGAGCACGGUGUGUCUGAUGGGACACGAGAGGCGGCAGACUCUAGGGCUGAUAGCCAUGCUGGCGGUGCGAGUGCUUGCCGAGCAGAACGUCAUUCCCAACGUGGCCAAUGUCACAUGUUACUAUCAACCUGCUCCUUAUGUGGCAGAUGGCAACUUCAGUAACUACUACAUAGCACAGGUUCAGCCAGUGUUUGCUUGCCAGCAUCCUGCGUACUCCACCUGGCUUCCCUGUAACUGAGACCGCCCCGAGGGGAGGAGGAUGGAGAGAGUGUAAUUUGUUUAAACAGGAUCAAGCGGCAGAGUUGCCGCCUUACACCUGCCCAGUGUUUGACAGCCGACAGAAAAAGGAGUCUUCUUUUUAAUGUCAAAGCUUCAAGCUUGUGUUUUUGUUUAUAAGCUGAGGAUGAAUGCUGAAUCCAAUCCAGUUGGCUUUCAAUUCCAAUACUAUUCCGAUGAGAACAUCUCCUCAACGUCUCCUGAUCCUGCACAGGCCAACUAAAGGUUUGGGGAAGGCUUCAUUUGGGUAGAGCUUGGAGGUAAAGGCUGAAUGCAAAUAUGUGACAGUCUCUUAAACGCGAUCAUCAACAAGACUGAUCAAAUCUGUCAAGAAUGGAUUAGCCAGCACAUUCCAGCAUCAGGGCAAACGGCUGCAGCAGUGUCCUGAAGAUGACAGCUACUGCAGCCCAGCAUUCAGGGGUUUGUUUCUCAGUCCCCAACACACACACACUCACACACACAAACACACAAACACAUACAAUCCCACACACACACCUACACACAAUGUGAUGCCAUCACAGGCAUCUUGAGGGCUACAGCCCAACACCCAGGAUACUCUAGAGAUGAACUGGGAUGCUGCUAAAUUAGUUUGGAUAACAAACCGGCAUCUCCAACUUGCAUCUGGAUAUAAUUAUGGUUGUUUACAGACCAAAGAUUUUUCUUUUUGAUUGUCUCUAACCUUAAAACCCGAUUUUGAUGGGGUAAAAAAAUAAAAGAUAAAAAAUAAAUCUAUGUCUAUUUGUAUAUGUGAAUAUAUAUAUAUAUGUGUGUGUUUAUAAGUGCCUAUUUGCCAUAUGACUUUUUUGAAUUAGUCCCACUCUAUUUCGAAGUCAGGCACACAGACAUCAGCAGCUCAGAGGCUUGUGAAUGUAUACGUGAGAUCAUGCACAGUCACUGUUUGUGUACGUUUCGAUGCAGAUAAGCAGCCAUGCAUCAGCAUGGUGUUUCCAGUAGAGUCAUGGUCAAUGUGGAAAAUCCAGAUUUUAUCUCCUCUGAGUGAAGAUAAAAUGACCCAAUUAACAAAUACAGGCGUUGUUCAGCUGCUUAUAGACCAUCAGCAAAAGAUUCACGCUCACACACACCCACUAUUUUCUGUGUAUUUUGUACAGCGGUGCUUCUCCCUUUCUCAUCGGAGAAGGGAAAAAAGUUCACAGGUUGAUAGAUAAGAGACAGAGUGAGAGCACAGGCUCCAGUCAGAGUCAGACAGAGAGCUGCUGUGUGUGUGUUCCUACGCUUCCUCCUGCAGCUGAAGGAUAUUUGCUGAGACACCUCAGAUGACGAUGAGACACUAUUUGCUGUAGCACCCUGGCAGGGAAUUCCUCAGCUUCUGCUGAAGAGCUUGAACUUAGCUGUAGAUUCGGAGCCUGCAGUCGCUCCGUUCAGGGUUCAGACAAUGAAAUGUCGUGCCAAACAUCUUUAGAGAAGACGAGGAAAAAGACAAAUAGAGAGAAGGGGACAUGCAGUCGUUGAAAGGCAGGAGGCAGAGUGAGUAUGCCUGGAGAGAUGGGUGCAGCUGGUGAUGGGGUCUAUCUCUUGAGGGCUACCAUGCUUUACUGUACAAACAGUCUCUGUUCAGGUCAGGUUGCAAGUUAAUGCACAGUGCUGCAGCUCGCCCCUUUUUCCAGGGGGCACCAAAACAACCGUUUCAGCAUUUGCUUUCUGUUUUGAUCACCUGUUGUUUAAAAAGAGUGAAUAAAACUGCGUUCACACCAGGUUCAACAUACUUUAAGUUGCAACUUAUAUUCCAUUUCUAAUGUUGCUUUGAUGAUGCCUAUUAAUGGUUUUUAUGCUUCAAUCCAAACCCAUUUUAAAGAACCGUAUAUAUAUGUAUAUGAUUACAUGCCACAGCUUUGCCGACACACUUAAUCUUUUGCAAACUUUACUGCAGCCUUCCCCAAAGGGGAUUUUUAAGCAUAAAGACGAAGGCUAGGCCCUAAAACCAGGAUCGACCCAGUCCUGCGACAAAAAGAUAAAUUCUCUCACUGAAGAAAAAAAGCGUGUAUUUUCUUGUCCUCUGUCUCGCAUAAUUCAGGUAAUCCAUAUCUGCUCUGUCCAGUUGUUUCCUCCUAUCAGUGACUGUCCACGUCGACGGUAACCUCCGGAUUGCGCAGGCAAUGUGUUGUCAUUUGAUACUCGGUGAAAAGCCGACUAGCUAGCUAUAGCUCUGUCAAAUAGUGAUUGUGCCUCUUGGUUAGAGAUUGUGGAUUACUGCUUCGUCUUGUACAUGUUGUCUCAGUUACCCAUUUCUGUCCAUGCUGUCUUUUACAAAUCACCCUUUGAAAAAAAAGAAAAAGAUUUUUGUCUUGUAUGUAUAUUUUUUAUGAUUGUUAUUUUUAUAAAUGUAUCAGACACUGCAGAUGUGGCAGUGCUUUGGAAUCAGUGAUCAGGCUUCAGGGGAUAUGUUCUCUAUAGCUGUUUUGCUAUAUUUUGUCAUGUGUCCAAUGGGUCAAAAGGUUAAA